AUGUCGCACCUCGCUCAAGCAAAACAGCUCUUCAAACAGAACCCCCUGACCAUCACCCUGAAGCUCGUCCACUACGCGCGACGAUACGGCCAAACCAUUGAAUACACUCCAGAGAGGGGUACCUGGGCUCUCGCAAUUAGGAAGGGCCGCGAGUCAACCCUGACCGUGCUCUACGUUAAAGCAUCUCCCACCACACUCUCCCGCGGCUCGACCAAUCCGGAUAUUCCAGCACAACCUCUCUACGUCUACUCGAUCGAGAAAUUCCAAGUCGACUCUGCCAAGAUGGACAAACCCAAAGAUCCUCAGUAUGUGUCAAAGAAGCAAUUGAAAGAGACGGAAGGCGACUUGGCACCCCACCUCCCUUGCCGAAUGGAUAUCCGUCUGGAGAAGUUUACAUUUGAUUCGAAGGAUCAAAGGCAGGAUGCGAUUGAAAGGCUGGAAGCGACGCUGAGAGGCGCCUUACGCCGAGCUGUACACGGACCUACAGAGCCUGAGUGGAUCGUCAGUCAGCGCUGGGUCGGGGUAUCGCUUGCUGCCCUUUCUGACGCUGGAUUCUCCGUUCCAGUCCUGACAUGGGACCAAAUCGUGCAGAAGUUUGUUUAA